GCUGGAUGAUGGGAAUCGUGUGAGAAACAUCCAAUAUCAACUGAAGCCAAACAGAAGCAUAUAGGUCCUCAGGAUGUUCCAGAGGAAGAAGAAAAAGAAGAGAAAGAUGGAGAUCUCUGCUCCCAAGAACUUUGAGCACCGGGUGCACACGUCGUUUGACCAUGUGCGGGGCUGUUUUGUGGGAUUACCACCCCAGUGGCAAAGCAUAAUAGAAACCCUGAGGAGACCCAAGCCUGUAGUGGACCCCUCCAGCAUUACACCUGUGCAGACCAAGACUGAAAAGUCCAUUGUACGGGGCAGUUUUAUUGGCCAUGGAGAUUACAUUGCUGCAGCGAUCGCUGACAUGAGCCGGCUCUCUGUCACCAGCUCCAACUCUCUCAGGCGUACCAGCCCAAUGUUGCGAAAGCGAGCUCAGUCCUUGGGCCGUCUCGGUGAGGUGGCAGAGAGCGACACAUACCAGUAUCAGGAACUGAACGAAAAUAAACAGAAACAGGGUCAGCCUGUCUGUGACUGGCAGGAGAGGGUGCGGCAGAUCUAUAGUGAGAGUGGAAGCCCGCGACCUGCUACCAAGGGUGCCAAUGUCUAUCCUAAUGGGGUGCCACCGAGAUCUAUGUCUAUUAUCGAAGUCAGCACAGCCCCCAAGCAGCAGCCUCGCCUCAUGCCGAAGGACAUUUUAAGUUUGCCUGCAGCAGGUCAAGAAGUGAAGAAUGCAUACAGAGAGAGAUUAAGACAUCGUAAGGCCAGCUUGGACCAGAGGGACUGUAAGUCUAACCAAAGGCCUGUGUCCUGCCUGUACAAUACUCCCACAUUAGGCCAAGGGUCAAAGGUCAAUCCAAUGGUAACACCCAUUCCAGAAUACCUCAUAGUAUCUGUGGACAACCCGAGGAGGCCUAACUUGAAGGCAAACAUAUCAGGUUUCCCGGCCAUGUUAAAACCCAAUGGCACCAGCAGUCCAAAACCUGGGCAUGACACUUACUCCCCCACACACACACGGUGCUUCUCCAGCUAUUCGAUAGGUGAUUCACCUAUUAAAGCCUCAAUACCACCUACGCAAGAUAGCCCUUCCCAGCCUCGUCCCUCACCUACAGGCUCUCCUGGAACUAAUCUGCCUGGACCCUCUUCUCCUUGCAUGAGAUCUAUGCACCCAGCCACCUUCAUCUCUGAGCAAUCCAAGGUCACCCACACACAGUUCAAGGCUGCCUUGCAAAUGGUGGUGGACAAAGGGGACCCACGCACUUAUCUGGAGAACUUUGUGAAGAUUGGAGAGGGCUCGACAGGUGUUGUCUGUACUGCAUGGGAGAAGCACAGUGGGAAACAGGUUGCAGUAAAGAUGAUGGAUUUGCGGAAACAACAAAGGAGAGAGCUACUCUUUAAUGAAGUGGUCAUCAUGCGAGACUACAGGCACAAGAAUGUGGUGGAGAUGUACAAGAGUGCUCUAGUGGAAGAAGAGCUAUGGGUCAUAAUGGAGUACUUGCAAGGUGGUGCACUAACCAACAUAGUAUCUGAAACCAGGUUGUCAGAGGAGCAGAUAGCUACAGUGUGUGAAGCUGUACUACAAGCUCUGACCUAUCUUCAUGCACAAGGUGUCAUCCACAGAGACAUCAAGAGUGACUCUAUAUUGCUAACACUUGAUGGGAGAAUCAAGCUGUCGGACUUUGGAUUCUGUGCUCAGAUCAGCAAAGAUAUCCCAAAGAGGAGGUCUUUAGUUGGAACUCCAUAUUGGAUGGCUCCAGAGGUCAUCUCCAAAAUCCCAUAUGGCACAGAGGUGGAUGUGUGGUCUCUGGGCAUUAUGGUGGUGGAGAUGGUGGAGGGAGAGCCUCCAUAUUUCAGUGACACACCAGUAGCUGCUAUGAAGAGACUGAGAGAUGAACCAGCACCCUCUGUUAGAAACACAAACAAGAUCUCGCCAGUGCUGAGGGACUUUUUGGACUCCAUGUUGACCAGAAACCCCAUGGAGAGAGCGACUGCCAGUAAGCUGUUGGGUCACCCCUUCCUGCUGCAGAGUGGCUCACCAUGCUGUCUGGUGCCGCUCGUGGAGCAGUACCGGAAACGCUGCUGAACAACACCAGCUAAAUGUGCAAACAAGUCAGUUAAAUUUAUGAACCCUACUGACUGGCUGGUGAACUGUGACAUACAGAAUCAUAUUGGAAUGUGAACUGCUGUGCACAAAAGGUCUGAUUAUAUUGAUUGGUAUAAUUUGUAUGUGAAUCACUGGGACCAUUAACUUUUUUAAAGAAAGUUUGUC